AACCUGCAACACGAAUGUCCUUCACGUUUCUACGGAUGGUGCGCUUCAUUUGUUUACCCCACUGCCAGGAAUAAUACUAGCAUUUAUUAGUAUUUUGUGCGCACAUUCAACCUAAUUCGUGGCCACAUAAUGACAAGUUUGACAAUCCCACACGUCGUGUCUGAGGUUUCGAAUUUAGGAACCGUUGCUGCACUUUCGCCACAUCGGCGCCUAAUCCACAUGAUGUUGAAGUCGGCGCGGGUGCAAACUCGGCAGGUUGUUCUGUCCAAAAUGGCGCUAUGUUUACGUGUGUGUCUUGUCGUGCAGUUAUGAUGGAGCAUUCUGCCGAUUUCAUUCACCGCCGGGGAUAACUUUAUCCACGCUUUCACAACGACAACACCCAACGAUCGAAUUUACCUUAUUGAAGGAUGCAGGCUGAGGCCACAGAUGCAUCCCUCAGUGAGGGCAUCCAGGCGCUUGGUGUAAAAGAGGCAGAAAAUAAAAAGGAAGCGUGCAAACAGGAGGAAGACGGCACAGAGCAACAAGAUGCUGAGAUGACCGAUGCACCGGUGGAGGACACUGGAACCACAGACGGCAAAGACCAAGACACUGUUGGGCUCGAGGGAGCCAAACACACAAACGCACCUCAGUCAGUCGCAGCGGUUGAGGACGAAGAAGGGCCGCGGGUGACAGACAAGGACGGCGAAUGGGAGCUGGCGUACAGCGACGAGGAAAUGGAGGACCCCAAGAACUGGAUGCCUCCUCCCGCUGAGAUCAAAAGACUCUAUGAGCUCCUGGCUAAGGGCGAGAUGCUGGAGCUCAACUUUGAGCCCCUUCCGCGGAGGCCGCCCACGCCCGAACGCACCCUUUCACCCGAAAGGGACGACGAGGAGGAUGAGGUGGAGGAGAGAGAGAGGAAAGAGAGGGAGCGCAAGCCUCCGAGUCCAACUGAGUUUGACUUCGACGAGGAGCAACAACUGCAAACCACCCCGAAAAAUUCUUUCAUUAACAGACGCAGAACACCAGGGUCGUCAGCUCGCUCCUCUGUGAAAAGGGAGGCCAGGCUGGACAAAGUGCUGUCAGACAUGAAGCGCCACCGCAAAAUCGAGGAGCACAUCAUGCGUACGGGGCGAGAUCUCUUCAAGAGCGAGAAGAAGCUGGAGGCGGCGCUGUCGCCCAACAGCCAGAAGGAGCGAGACAAGGAACGGGAGCGAGACAGCAACCCCAAUACCAUCUUCUCCCCCAGGCAGAGGAGAUACUGAACUCAUGUCCGCUGACUGUUCCGUCUGUACGUUUUCAAGGCGCUUUUUCUAAAGUUGAAUUUUUCUAACGUAACAAACUUUGUAUGUUUUCUAUGUUUUGUAUGAAGGCAAUAAACAUGCUAA